AUAAUAAUCUGCUCGGUCUUUUUGGGAUAAGCGGAAGUUGUUAUGAUGUAGAUUAAGGCAUAAUCAGAAGAGGGAAGAUUAUUCAGAAUCAUUUGGGCCAGCUCAACUCCCUCCCUGAACCUCUUUGUAGGUACUCUUUUAGUGACUGGAUCGACUGGUCUGGACACAUUGACCUUUAAGCUCAUACUUCGACAGUUCAAAUUAUUAGUGUCACAGCAGAUUACUUUUAUCCCUGAACUUCACAUGACUAUUAAAGAAAAAGAAGGUCCCCGAUGCAUAAUAAUUGGAUGGAACCUAAAACUUCAUGAGGCAGCUUGAAAUAGUUGUAUGUGUUUAAAAAGACGCACAGUUGAUCCUUAUAGUACAUAGAUUUAAUUACGGUGAAGGGAGUCGGGUACAAAUAUGGAUGUGCAGUAAUGCACACGACACUAGCCAAUGUCCUUUACUAACUGUUGUAUGCAAUGUUCACUUCUAAGCAGCUUUCAGGGAGAAGAAGUUUGAAAUGAACCUGUGGGAUUAUGGUCUCCGAGAGCGAAAUUUUUGACCGUUCAGGGCCCUCGGACCUUACUCGCAUUGACUGGAAUAAUGCAGAUCAUCAGAGGUCGGUUGCUGCUUGUUUGGUUCAAGCUGUCUAUGUCUUAGAGCGGGACCGCCAGGAGAAACGUGAAGGUCCCCAGGCUCUUGCUCCUCGUUGGUGGGAAUUUUUCAAUUUUCAGUUGCUGCGCAAACUCGAAGAUAAGGCCAACCCUUCUAUCUUCGGUGCCAUCUUUGAGUAUAAGCCUCCGCCAUCCUCAGGUAACCACUCAGCAGAUGGACCGCACUUUGUGGUCGCCUUCCGAGGCACCUUGAUCAAGGUAGAAACGUUCUGUCAAGAUAUGAAGCUGAAUGCUAAGCUUAUCCGGAAUGAGCUCCCCUCCGCCUAUCGCUGCGAGACUGCCACGCAGGCAGUGCAAGACAUGGUUGCAACCGCUGGCGAUUCUAGGGUCUGGUUAGCUGGCCACUCCCUGGGGUCUGCCAUUGCUCUGCAAGCUGGAAAGAACAUGGCCAAACAGGGAUUGUUUCUCGAGUCUUUCCUCUUCAAUCCGCCUUACCUAUCUACCCCGCUCGAGAAGAUCGAGAACGAGAGUUUGAAGCGGGCUGUCCAUUUUGGCACCGACGUGGGCCGUGCUGCGUGGGCAAUUGCUACGAAGUCUCGUCAACAGCUGAAUCAAUCCGCCAAUUCUUUUGCGGCUUUGUCCCCUUGGGUUCCUCGGCUGUUUGUCAACAAGGUCGAUAAAAUCUGCUUGGGAUACAUUGACUAUUUCGAUCGCCGAGUCAGCAUGCAAAAGAUGGGAGCAGGAGGUCUCGGGAGGUUUGCUAGUCAGCAUUCUUUAGGAUCGCUGGUCAUGAGCAAGAAGGGGAAGCAGGCAGAGCCUUUGCACUUCAUCCCGUCGGCAAAUCUAAUAAUCAAUUUAGAUCCGCCGCCGGAGUUCAGGAGGGCGCAUGGUAUCCUCGAAUGGUGGAAACAGGACCUGAAGCUGAAGACCAAAGUUUACAAGUACAAGAAUUAGUAUUGGCGGUAUUGUUGGACUAUUUCCCGUGGCUUAUGCAUUUGUAUCUGAUGGUGUGAUUGAACUUCCUGUGCUGAUAGACAGCUGUUUGCUCUCCCUGUGCUGAAUUGUCUGUGUGGCCAUCAAUGUAAUCUGGACGUGCUGUUCCGUGUGGCUCAUUUUCUUUUUGGUGUGAGAACUCGAAACAGUGC